UAAAAACUAUUUUCCUUCCCCAAUAAACAAUCCAAACAGAGUAUAUGUCCCCGUGAGUCGACAAAAGCAGAAAGAUAUGCGAUGGAUGUCCUUCCGUUGGCUCUCCAAUACUCUCCUCUCCGUUCAGAAUCCAGCGUUAGCGAACAGAGUUGUUCUUUUCAGAGGCGUCGGUUUUGGCACCACACAUCGGAGCAUGGAUAGGAACAGAGAAGAACAGCUAAUUGCGAAGGAGAUAAACGUUAAAUUCAAGCCUGAAGUUAAUCAAGUGCAAGAAAUCCUUGUCACCAACUCUUUUGGUGGUUGGGAGAAGUGCUGGGAGCAAGGAUUGACCCCUUGGGAUUUGGGACAACCAACACCUGCUCUAUUGCAUCUUCAUCAUACAGGAUCCCUUCCUAAGGGCAGGACUUUAGUCCCUGGAUGCGGCAGUGGUCAUGAUGUGGUAGCAAUUGCUUGCCCUGAACGUUAUGUUGUUGGGCUAGAUGUAUCUGACAAAGCCAUAAAGAAAGCAGAAGAGUUAUCUUCGUUGUCACCGAAUGCAAAUUGUUUUACUUUCUUAAGGGCUGACUUCUUCUCUUGGCACCCAUCUGAGUUAUUUGAUCUCAUUUUUGAUUAUACGUUCUUUUGUGCCAUUGAACCAGAGAUGAGAUCACGAUGGGCAAUGCAAAUUCAAAAUCUUUUGAAACCUGAUGGAGAGCUCAUAACUCUGAUGUUCCCAAUUGAUGAUCAUAUUGGUGGACCCCCAUACAAAGUAUCAGUUUCUGACUAUGAAGAGGUAUUAUGCCCCUUGGGCUUCAAGGCAGUUUUCGUUGCUGAUAAUGAAUUGGCCAUCAAAGCUCGGAAGGGAAGAGAGAAGCUUGGAAGAUGGAAGAGAUCUUCGAUUCAAUCCUCAAUGUGAUAAUAAGAUGAUCAUCUUGAUUUUUACUACUAAGGUCAGUUUAUGCUGCUGAUCAUGUUUGAAUAAUUGCCAUUUGCCAUGAGGUGUCUCUUUGUUCUCCAAACAUUGUAUUUGUUCUUUCAUGAACUUGUAGGAGCAUUGGUUGGAAACUUUGAUAAACUAUCCAUUUGAGGGUCAAUAACUAGAAAGGAAAGAAAGUUGAUAAAUUUAUAACUA